CGCUCUUCCCUUUCGCCUCGGUUGAUACCGGAAUGGUCACGUGGCCAUCGGCAUGUGCUCGGUCCAGAGAGCAAGAAGCAGCUGGUCAGCAAGACCUCCGGAGAGCAUGAUUGGCUCAAUUCCUAACGCAUUUCAUCGUGGAGUCGUCGACAUCACGACAAACAAAGUUCCGCAUUGCCUCAAACCACCUUUGGAGACCGCCACUACCAGAGCCUUGUCUCUUCUCUCCUCUCUUUCUUCUGUCUGGGUUCAUUACCUUCAACAUGUCUUCAAUAGCCAUGCGGAGAUUCCCCUCCUCCCCUUCGCUUUCGAAGGCAUUGAGGAAUCAGACAAGAGCUUUUUCUGCGACGAGACCAGCUGCUCGAAUCAUUACACACGCGCCACUCCGUGCAAAGGAAGCUUCCCCAUUACUUACCAACAAAUACCCAGUGAUUGACCAUGAGUACGAUGCGAUCGUUGUUGGUGCUGGUGGAGCUGGUCUGCGAGCAGCUUUUGGUCUUGCCGAGGCUGGUUUCAACACUGCGUGUAUAUCAAAGCUUUUCCCAACCCGGAGUCAUACGGUGGCCGCACAAGGAGGAAUUAACGCUGCGCUGGGUAACAUGCACAAGGACGACUGGAGAUGGCACAUGUACGACACAGUAAAGGGAUCGGAUUGGCUUGGAGAUCAAGAUGCUAUCCAUUACAUGACCAGAGAGGCACCACAAUCUGUUAUCGAAUUGGAGAACUAUGGUUGCCCUUUCUCAAGAACAGACGACGGAAAGAUUUACCAACGAGCUUUUGGAGGACAAUCGCAGGAUUAUGGCAAGGGUGGACAGGCCUACAGAUGCUGUGCUGCAGCAGACAGAACCGGACACGCCCUCCUACAUACUCUUUACGGCCAAUCCCUACGACACAACACCAACUACUUUAUCGAAUACUUCGCUCUCGAUUUGAUCAUGGAGGAUGGCGAGUGCAAGGGUGUUCUUGCCUACAACCAGGAGGACGGUACCCUGCACAGAUUCAGGGCACACAACACUGUUUUGGCUACUGGUGGUUACGGACGUGCAUACUUCAGUUGUACAUCUGCGCAUACUUGCACAGGUGACGGAAUGGCUAUGGUUGCUCGUGCUGGUCUUCCUAACCAGGAUCUCGAAUUCGUGCAAUUCCACCCAACUGGUAUCUAUGGUGCUGGCUGCUUGAUCACCGAGGGUGCUCGUGGUGAGGGAGGAUAUCUCCUCAACUCUGAGGGUGAGAGAUUUAUGGAGAGAUAUGCCCCAACUGCCAAGGAUCUGGCCAGUCGUGAUGUUGUUUCACGAUCAAUGACCAUGGAGAUCAGAGAGGGUCGUGGUGUUGGCCCAGAUAAGGAUCACAUCUACCUCCAACUCAGCCAUUUGCCCGCCGAGGUCCUCCACGAACGUCUUCCAGGUAUCUCUGAGACUGCAUCUAUUUUCUCUGGUGUCGAUGUUCGCAAGCAACCCAUUCCAGUUCUUCCAACAGUCCACUACAAUAUGGGUGGUAUUCCAACAAAAUACACUGGUGAGGUUCUUACUAUCGAUUCUGAGGGCAAGGACAAGGUUGUUCCAGGUCUCUUUGCAUGCGGUGAAGCUGCUUGCGUUUCCGUCCACGGAGCCAAUCGUCUUGGAGCCAACUCUCUCCUCGAUUUGAUCGUCUUCGGCCGUGCUGUAUCCCACACUGUCCGUGACAACUUCGAGCCAGGCAUGCCACACAAGGAGAUCAGUGCCGACGCUGGAGCCGACUCAAUCGCCAUGCUCGACAAGAUCAGAACUGCCGAUGGACCACUCAGCACACACGAGAUCCGCCUCAAGAUGCAAAAGGUCAUGCAAACAGAUGUCAGCGUUUUCCGAACCCAAGAGUCAUUAGACGAGGGUGUCAAGAAGAUCAACGAGGUCGACCAAUUGUACAAGGAUGUUGGAACCAAGGACCGAAGCAUGAUCUGGAACUCGGACUUGGUCGAGACUCUGGAAUUAAGAAACCUGUUGACCUGCGCCGUCCAAACCGCCGAAUCAGCAGCCGCAAGAAAGGAAUCCCGUGGUGCACACGCCAGAGAGGACUACCCCGAUCGCGACGACAAGAACUGGAUGAAGCACACGCUGAGUUUCCAAAAGAAGCCACACGGAAAGACAGAUCUCACCUACAGAGGUGUCGUCGCUCACACCCUGGACGAGGCCGAGUGCAAGGCUGUCCCUCCCUUCAAGCGUGUGUACUAGAUUAUUUCGCGGGAUUUGGUUUGGACGGUCGGUCGAUGGGUCGAUUGAUGUACGUAUGUAUUGUUGGGCUGGAGAACUGGUGGGGUUUCAGCCCUGUAGCAUAGUAUAGCUGCGCUUGGUGGGAGCGUGGUGGGGUUAAUGCAUUUUUUCUUUGUUGUUGAACAUAAAAAGUGCAACUCUGUGGUUCAUCUUUAAAACUUGGGUGCAUUUCCCUUAACUACCUCGCCGUGCUUCCCAUUUCCCGGAAUUUUCACCCCUCAACUCCUCUACAGCUUUCCCCCACGACCUCAUCUUUUUGAACAUUACCCUCCCUCGCCGUCCCCCAAUCAACUCUAGGCCUCCUCCUCCCAACACUCCACAAGACAACCUCCCACCCCCAAACCCUCACUUUCGUCGUUCGCCAAUGCGUUUCGAUCACUUCCUCCACGUCCUCCUCGUUCCUCUCCUUCUUUAAUUCUGACAGGGCUUUCUCCUCGCCCUCCUCCAUUUCUCUCAUUUCUCCAUCUAGCACGUUCCCCUCGCCAUCUCUGUCUUUUCUUUUGCUAUUUUUGUCGACUGUAGCUGAUGAGGCCGUGGUGUGGCAAAUGGAGGAGGUGGUGAUUAUGGAUGUCUCGGUAAUGAAACAGCCAGUGAAGUAGAGUAUUGUUAUUGUGAUGAAGGGAAUGAUGGGGAGGAUGGAGAGGAUUGAGAGGAUAAGGGACAGGGUUUGGGGUGUUAAGGUGAGGGGUGUAGCGUGGGGGCUGGGGGAGGAGGAUGGCAUUGUGUAUUGGGUUUUCAGAUGAGUGUUUUUGAAAAUUUGAAAGUCAAGGGAGUUAGAGUACAAUAAGAGACAAGAGAUAUAUGUCCUG